CAGAAUUCAGCUCCAUAAAACGUUCCAGAUUCCACAUAUCACCAACAUUCUUUCUUCCUCUUGGCUUAUAUUAGGGAUAGGGGAUGUGGUUUAUUACAAAGGAUGAGUAUUUUGAUAGCUUCUCAUUCCUUGAACUAUUCCUCAGGUUUAUAACAAGGCUCAGAAAAUACUAAAGGUUAAAGGAGAAUUGAGAGCUGCCAAGGAAAUGAAAGAUGAGGCAGGGGAGAGAGACAGAGAAGUGAGCAGCCUGAACAGCAAGCUGUUAAGCCUGCUUGACAUCAAGAAUCUGCACGAUGUCUGCAAGAGACAGAGGAAGACCUUGCAGGACAAUCAGCUCUGCGUGGAGGAGGCAAUGAACAGCAGUCACAACAAGAAGCAAGCACAGGCAUUAGCAUUCGAGGAGUCAGAGGUGGAAUUUGGGUCCAGUAAACAGUGUCAUCUGAGACAAUUCCAGCAACUGAAGAAAAAAUUGCUGACCCUUCAACAAGAACUGGAGUUUCGCACAGAGGAGUUGCAGACUUCUUACUGUUCUCUCUGCCAGUAUCAGUCCAUCCUAGAGAAGCAGACUUCUGACCUGGUUCUUCUGCACCAUCACUGCAAACUGAAAGAAGAUGAGGUGAUUCUCUAUGAGGAGGAAAUGGGAAAUCACAACGAGAACACAGGGGAGAAGCUCCAUUUGGCACAGGAGCAACUCGCCUUGGCCUGGGACAAGAUCGCCUUCCUAGAGAGGAGCUUAAACCUCUACAGGGAUAAAUACCAGUCUUCCCUGAGCAACAUCGAGUUACUAGAAUGCCAAGUGAAGAUGUUGCAGGGGGAGCUCGGCGGGAUCAUGGGUCAGGAGCCUGAGAACAACGGUGAUCAUUCAAUGGUACGGAUAUACACUUCUCCUUGCAUGAUUCAAGAGCAUCAGGAGACCCUGAAACGACUGUCUGAAUUCUGGCAAAAGGUCUCUCAACAGGAUGAUCUCAUUCAAGAACUUCGAAAUAAGCUGGCCUGCAGUAAUGCUUUGGUUCUGGAGCGUGAAAAGACUUUGAUAAAACUACAAGCCGAUUUUGCUUCCUAUACAGCCACCCACAGAUACCCUCCUAGCUCCUCAGAAGAGUGUGAAGACAUCAAAAAGAUACUGAAGCACUUGCAGGAGCAGAAAGACAGCCAGUGCCUGCAUGUGGAGGAGUCACAGAACCUGGUGAAGGAUCUGCACAUGGAACUAGAGGCCGUGUCAGAACAGAAGAAAAACAUCAUGAAGGACAUGAUGAAGCUGGAGCUGGACCUGCACGGACUGCGGGAGGAGACAUCUGCCCACAUUGAGAGGAAGGAUAAGGACAUCGCUAUCCUGCAGUGCCGGCUGCAGGAGCUGCAGCUGGAGUUCACCGAGACCCAAAAGCUCGCUUUGAGGAAAGACAAGUUCCUCCAAGAGAAAGAUGAGAUGCUGCACGAGCUGGAGAAGAAACUGACACAGGUUCAGAACAGCCUCCUGAAAAAGGAGAAGGAGCUGGAGAAGCAGCAGUGCAUAGCCACAGAACUCAAAAUGACAGUCAAGGAGGCUACGCAGGACAAGUCCAAGGAGGUGGAGUGCAAGGCCCUGCAGGCUGAGGUCCAGAAGCUGAAGAACAGUCUCGAAGAGGCCAAGCAGCAGCAGAGGCUGGCUGCUCAGCAAGCAGCCCAGUGCAAAGAAGAGGCUGCGCUGGCAGGCUGUCACCUGGAGGACACCCAGAGGAAACUGCAGAAUGGCCUCCUCCUGGACAAGCAGAAGGCAGACACCAUCCAGGAACUACAGAGAGAACUUCAGACGCUACAGAAGGAGUCCUCGAUGGCUGAGAAGGAACAAACCUCCAACAGAAAACGGGUGGAGGAGCUGUCAUCAGAACUCUCUGAAGCCCUGAGGAAGCUUGAAAAUUCAGACAAGGAAAAGAGGCAGCUUCAGAAGACAGUGGCUGAGCAGGAUAUGAAAAUGAAUGACAUGCUUGAUCGUAUCCAGCACCAGCACAGGGAGCAAGGCUCUAUCAAAUGCAAGUUAGAAGAAGAUCUUCAGAAGGCCACAAAGCUUCUGGAGGACAAACGGGAGCAGUUGAAGAAGAGCAAAGACCAUGAGAAGCUGAUGGAGGAAGAACUUGAAGCUUUGCUGCAGGAAUUUAAAAAGAAAGACAAGACGUUGAAAGAGAAUUCCAGAAAGUUGGAGGAAGAAAAUGAGAAUCUCCGAGCAGAGCUACAGUGUUGUUCUACACAACUGGAAUCCUUUCUCAACAAAUACAACACCAGCCAGCAAGUCAUCCAAGGCUUUAAUAAAGAGAUAGCCCUUCAGAAGGAGUCCUUAAUGAGCCUGCAGGCCCAGCUGGACAAAGCUCUGCAGAAGGAGAAGCACUAUCUCCAGACCACCAUUACCAAAGAAGCCUAUGAUGCGUUAUCCCGGAAGUCAGCCGCCUGCCAGGACGACCUGACAGCAGCCCUCGAGAAGCUCAAUCAUGUGACCUCAGAGACAAAGAGCCUGCAGCAAAGCUUGACACAGACCCAAGAGAAGAAAGCUCAGCUGGAAAAGGAAAUCAUUGCUUAUCAGGAAAGGAUGAAAAAGCUCAAUACGGAAUUAAGAAAACUGCGGGGCUUCCACCAGGAGAGUGAGCUGGAGGUGCACGCCUUCGACAAGAAGCUAGAGGAGAUGAGCUGCCAGGUGCUGCAGUGGCAGAAGCAACACCAGAAUGACCUCAAGAUGCUGGCAGCCAAAGACAAGCAGCUCAGGGAGUUCCAGGAGGAGAUGGCCGCCCUGAAAGAGAACCUCCUUGAGGAUGAUAAGGAGCCCUGCUGCCUGCCCCAGCAGUCUGUGCCCAAAGACACCUGUAGGCUCUACCGAGAGAACGAUCAGAUUAUGACCAACUUGGAGCAAUGGGCAAAACAGCAGAAGGUCGCCAAUGAGAAACUAGAAAACAAGCUCCAAGAGCAGAUGAAAUACAUCGCCAAGCUGAGUGGUGAAAAGGACCACCUCCACAAUGUAAUCGUCCACCUGCAGCAGGAAAACAAGAAGCUGAAGAAGGAGAUAGAAGAGAAGAAGACGAAAGCUGAGAACACAAGGCUAUGCACCAAAGCCCUAGGCCUGAGCAGAACGGAGUCCACACAGAGGGAGAAAGUGUGCAGCGCCUUGGGCUGGAAGGGGUUGCCCCAGGAUGUGGGUCAAAGAAUGGACCUCACCAAGUACAUCGGGAUGCCUCACUGCCCAGGUUCCUCGUAUUGCUAGAAUCCACAUCUAACCCUGAGCAGCAUUUCCACGCGUGUUUCUUCAGAGGACAGUGAGUUCCCAGCCCUCCCUCUCUCUUGACCUGGAUCAGCUCUUACAGGAAUAUAUCACGGUCCCAGCCUAUUUUGCAAGGCACUAACUUUUAUUGAGUUUUGUCCACUUCCUGCCAUGGAGUGAGCUUUAGAACCAUACUACCAUCUCCAGGCCCAAACUCUGAAAUAAAGACAUGAGCAUGAGCACA